UCGGAUGAACACCACACACUGACACACACACACGCUCACUCACACUCACUCUACGGUAUGUUUCAAGCCAGGCGAGGGAACUCGGGAACUGGUCAGCAGUGCCUUGCGUUUGGGUUGUCGCAACCACCUGGCUGAUAGGGUCUGACAACACUUUGGGAAACGCGGGGCAACAAGUACUAACGCGGGCUCCCCAAUGGAUGUUGAGAGUGCUUGUCCUGCUGGCAAUAACGGAGAUGAAAUGUGUACAAUGGAGUUGUCUACAAGUGGAGCAGAUGACAUAAGAAUGAAUUCCAGAAUGCCAACAGGAAAUUUGGCAACACCAAAUCAUCUUCCCUUUGAUAACCUUGAAUAUCCAUCACAUCUGGAUGGACAACUGGAGCUUUUCCCUCACUGGCAUUUUCCUGCUAAGCUAGCUGGGGGCAUGUCCAUAGUUGCAUUUGUUUACACUUUACUCAGGGAUAUCAUUUAUCCCUACAUGACAGAAAACAAAAAUGUAUUUUACAAAAUUCCAAUUUUGGUCAUGAACAAAGUUCUGCCAGUUGUUGCGAUUAUACUUUUGGCCUUAGUUUAUUUGCCAGGAAUUCUGGCAGCCAUCUUCCAACUCUAUUUUGGUACAAAGUACAGACGAUUUCCUCAAUGGUUAGCUCGCUGGAUGUUAGCACGGAAACAACUUGGAUUGCUCAGCUUUUUUUAUGCUGUUCUACAUGCAUUCUUCAGUCUGUGCUAUCCCAUGAGAAGAUCGUACAGGUAUAAAUUACUGAACUGGGCUUAUCAGCAGGUAAAAGAAAACAAGGAAAAUGCCUGGAUUGAAGAUGAUGUAUGGAGAAUGGAAAUUUAUGUUUCCUUGGGAAUUUUGGGUCUCGCACUUCUUUCUGUUUUGGCUGCGACUUCAGUUCCUUCUGUCACUAACUCAUUGAAUUGGAGAGAAUUCCAAUGCAUACAGUCAAAGAUGGGAUAUUGCGCAUUACUCCUCUGUACUCUUCAUGCACUGGUGUAUGCUUGGAGAAAAUGGGUGGAGCUCAAGUACUUCAUCUGGUAUACACCGCCAACAUUUAUAAUUGCAGUUUUUUUGCCUGUUAUAGUUUUACUGUGCAAAACUAUAUUUCUGUUCCCAUGUCUUGCAAAAAGAUUGGGUAGAAUUCGAAGAGGAUGGGAAUGGAAGUCAAAAUAUAAAAUGGAUCCUGCUCUUAGUACUAAUGCGAUGGAAGAUAAGUCAACAACUAAAGGAUUAAUGCAUGCAGUGGGAGAUCAACAAUAACUCCAUAGUACAAAUGAAUAGAACUCCCAAUUGAUUAUUGUGAUAUAUGUACGUGGAAAGUACAUUUGUCUUUGUGUAAAACAUCUUUUGUUCUGGAUAUCAUUCCUUUUAUUAAAUGUUUCUUGUUGAGUUGUUUAAAUAAGUAAAGUAUGCACGUAUACUAAAACAAUAUUUAAUAUAUGUGGUAAGGUAAAGUGACUUCACUACAAAGGCAAAGUGACUUCAUAUUCCAUACAAUUUGUGCAGUAACCAAGGUAUUUUAAAUGGUUUAUAGUCAGCAUACAAGCUGAUUAUUGAAAUGUUAAAAAUAAAAAAUAAAGUUUUUUAACUCUUCAA